CACCCUGUCGACAUUCCAAAUCAACCCCCGCGCGACUCUUUCUCUGGAACUGGGAGAUAGCGAUCCCCUCAAUCUACACACACUGUCUUAUGCUUGCUUAAAAUUGGCAAGGGCCCGUGGCAUUCUCAGCUGCUGCGCGAAAGGCCGAUUGUCUAUUUUAGUCACACUUCGUUGAGAGAGCAGAAAUCUCUUGGCAGACGCAAGAUGGCAUCACUCAGGUCGAGGUCUCCAUCGAUCCCUUCUGAGGGUGAGAUCAUCGAAUCAGGUUCAGAGACGAAGGCAACUACAGCGCAACUUCCUCUUAAUGGCAACCGUGUUGACCGUCCCACCAGAGCUAGUUCACCCGCCCCUAGAUCUCCAGCUUCGUUGAGCAGAUCGCCCCGCCACCGGAGGUCGAGGACCAGGACCAGAUCGCCCUCCCGUACUCGUUCCCGCUCCCCUUACCGCGAUCACAGGGGCUACAAACGUCGCCGGGACGAUGACUAUGAUCGUGACUAUGAUUAUGACGACAGACAAUACCGAUACGAGUCCUCCCGCCGCGGCGGUCCCCGAUACGACGACAGCCGUUACACGGGUCGCGGCGGUCAAUCGCACCGACGCGCCCGGCCCUACUAUGACUACGAUCGGGAAGAAAACUUCGGCCAGGGCCUCCGGUAUAGCGACGAGUCGGACCGGCGCAGGGAGAAACGCGCCCGCACCCGCAGCCGCUCGCCGUUCCGCGAAGUCCGGAAACCAAAGCAAUACUCCGGGGAUGAGUGGGAAACCCAGAGAGGUGAUAGCGUCGCAUCUCGCGAUCAUAGAAGGAAGGCUUCUAUUGAACAGUGCAGCAAGCUAUCAAAACUCCUAGUGUUCGCUUUGAAGGUGUGAACGAUGCACAAAUGGCUGAGGCUCCGGAGGAGCAGCAGCCGCCUGCGGAACCUCUCGACGAAGCAGCCCAAUUAGAAGCACGACGC